UUUAAAUUUUAUCGUUGCCGGUCGUUGUCAAAAGCAAACGGUUAAAUUGAAUUAGAAAAUAUAGAUAGAAAUUAGAAUUUCCCAAACAAACGGUCAAGUUAACGAGUGAAUAAUUUAAUAUUAGUAUAGAAUUUUUUGUCGGUAAUUAUUAGUUUGAAAUUCUAAUGCCGUGUUAAAAAUGUCCACGAGAUCUGGUAAACGAAUUCAUGGCUCUGUUCAUGAAAACGUCGAAGGGGUUAUAACAGAGAUGACAAACGCGAAAAAAACUCGCGGAAAACCUAAGAAGGAAAACAAUAUCGAGAUUGCUACGGAGAAGAAACGUAAACACUACGUGCGUUACCCGUCCGAAGAACAGUUAGCCGCGAACGAUGAAAAAGUACUUAGUAUCGCGCGAAAAUCGCAGAGGAACACACUCAAAGAACUAAACAUAGCACCAGAAUCUGAGACCACGAAUGAUAGAAACACACGCCUUACUCGCAGGACGAGAAGAACGGAAGCAUGUCCCGAGAAUGUUGAACCGAGUCAAGCAAAAACGAAAGGAAAAAAAGAAAAAAACAAAUUAAAGAAGACCAUGGCGCCAGCUGAUGAAGAUGCUACUGAGCCAAUUCUGACAACAAUCAAGAAAAAGUCCAACAAGAAAAAGAACAAAAGGAAGUCGGGCUCGAUCAUUAUUGAAGAUGUUCUCUCCACAAAUGACAAUAUUCAAAAUACAAGUAACAUCUCAAUGGAUUCCUUCCACAGCGCUGCAAGCAGCCCUCGCAAAGAUACUGAGAAAAUGGUAGUGGAUGAUCAGGAUUUGCAUGAAAUAUCGUCAAACUCUACUACAAAUUGUAAAGACCAUGGAUCAAUAGUAGAAAUACAUCAAGAUGUAUCUUUGAGAGCUACUAGAAGUAAAUUGGAUAACAUGAAAAAUAGAUGUUUGGAAGAUACAGAAUUAAAUACAACUAAUAUUAAGGAAAUCAACUAUAAGAAAAAGAAGAGCAAUGAAAAACCAUUUGGCAUUACUAUUACUUCAAAUGAUGAUGAGCAAGAUAUAAAUGCUGCAUCAAUUGAAUUAGUCAGUGAAGAAAAUGAUACUAACAAUAUAAAAGAAAUUAAAGAACAAAUUGGUAUACUUAAUACAUCAGGUUUAAGCAACUCUAGAAAGAAUUUUAACAAAAAGGGGAAAUCCAAAAUAACUUCUUUGGACAAUAAAUUUGAAAAUAUGUCAACUUCUGAAGUGGAAACUGUUAAUCAUGAUAAAUCAUCUGACAAAUCACAAACAUUUGAUACUACUUAUGAAAAUAGUGCAAAGAAAAACACUACAUUUGAUAAAACAAAUAUAUCAGAGAUUAAUUUAAAUACAAAAUUUGAAAAAGAUAUUCCUAUUGAAUCUGAACAUUCUAAAGAUAUUUCAAAUAAUGUAACAGAAGUACAAGAUAUUCACAAAAAGAAAAGAAGAUCAACUUACAAUAAAUUAAGUAAUGAUGUGUCCAUUAAAUUAAAUUUAACUUUUGAUAAAGAGGUUCCAAGUGAUUUAAUAAAUGUAUCUGACCACCUACAAGAUGUUGCAAAUGACAAAAGUACUAAAGACAGUAACAAAAAGAAAAGAAAGUCUAGUGCAAGAAAAUCUCUUUCUGAGAAUAUUGGAAAUGCUUCAAUCAUUAAUUUAGAUGCUACAUAUGAAAAAGAUAACUCAAAUAUGGCAGACAAAACAAUACAAGAAAAUGGGGCAAGGAAAUCUAUACGACUAUCAAAGUUGUCCAUUGACCAAGGUGUAUCAACCAAUUUAAACUCAACUUAUGACAAAAUUUCUGUACCUUCUCGUAAUAACUCUGUAUGUGACAAAUCAGACAAAAUAAAUACAACUUAUGAAAUGGAUAAGAAUUUCAAAGAUACAACUUUUGAUAAAUCUGUAAAUAAUGAAACAAGUCGAGGGUCAUCUCUCAUAAGUACUGACACCACAAGCAAUGUUACAUCUGAAAUUUCAAAAGAUAUUUCACAUGUUAGCCUCACAAGUGAUGAGUCUAUGGGAGAGAACAUUGUUAAUACUACACCAGUUUUAAUUGAAAGCAGUAUGGAUGAAUCACAUAACAACAUUAAAUAUAAUGAACAUGAUGAAACUGCAAAAGAUGACACGGACAUAAACAACACAAAGUGUCAAGAGCAAAUGUCAAAAGAUGCUGCAGAUGUGGUACUGGAAGCGACAAUAACGGAAAUAAAUAUUGAGAAAUCUCUUCUAAAAUCUGAAGGGACAGAACCUAAAACAUCUAAUACGCCUUUAAAACGUGAAGGUUACACAGAAACAAUGGUCUCUACACCACCAAGACGCGAAGGCACAUUUACAGAAAACAAAAAUCCAGCAACACCAAAAGGAACUUUAGCUGAAACCAAGCCAAAUACACCAAUACGGGAAGGAACAUACACUGAGCUUAAAACUGCAACACCGUUAAAACGUGAAGGCACUUAUACUGAAAUGAACCCUGUAACCACACAACCUAAAAAUGGUGUAAAAGAUACAAAAGUUGGCUGCAACACACCCCUUAAAGUCAACGGAAGUAUUGAAAAUAACCAAAUAACACCAUUGAAAAGAGAGGGUACUUUUACAAAAGAAGAAUCAGAAAUGGCGGACUCUCCAAAAAUUGACAUAAAUAGGACUCCGAGUAGACGCAAAUCUAUGCCAUCUCCGGGCUGCACACCUUUCCCUGUGUCUAAAAGCAGUUCAAAGAAAAAUUCAGAUGAAAAAUGUAAAUUAAACAUAACCAGAUCGAUAGAAAAGCCUUUUAUGCGUUUGUCCAGUGCGGACUCACUUCCCAGAGCCACCAGAGUGAUGUUCUGCAGCCCCAUAGACACUCCCGCAGUGGCCGGACAGAUGAAGGGGAAAGUUAUCAAGUCCAACUUAAAAGGGUCAGAUAAGAGCUUUGUGUUUGACGAAAGUGUGUCGGAGUAUGUCCGACCGGCGCGCAAGCGCUCGUACACACAGAGCGAGGCGGACAGCAUCGGCAGCAAGCGCAAGCGGCUCACGGAGGGGCAGCAGCACUCCGUCGACCGCCUCUCCAGGCCGAGGACCAGCAGCGCGUCGGGCAUACUGCAAGAUAUCAGCGCAGCGUCCAAACCUUCGACAUCUGCAAACAAAUCUAAAACAGAGUUAACGCCGUCCAAGUCGAAGGCCGGUGGCAAAGUACUGCGGACAAAGCUGCCGAACUUUGCAGCUUUGCACCAAAAGAGGUUUGCAAAGAUGGAGUCCUUGGACGAGUGUCAGGAGAGGAAGGCGAAGAGGGCGAGACAGUUGCUGACUCCCACCGGAUCAGUCAAUAUUAUAGAGAGAGUCAGCCCCAAAGAAGCUGAGCCAGUCUUGCCCCAGACAGAAACCAAAAAGACUGACACACCAAAGAAGUCCAUAGCACCCCAAGGUUACACUCGGUUUGGCUUUAAACUCAACCUAGAAGUCAACCCGUUCAGCAUUCCCGCCAAAACUGACGCUAAACCAAAAUCAAAAGACAGUAGUAUCAAGCCAACAAUAAGACGAGGAACUCUACCUUCUCUUGCUGGAGCCACUUCUGCGCGGAAGGUCGCCGCCAAACAGGUGAUACUACGAGAGAAGUCUUCCACUGAUAAGAGAGAUAACAAGAGAAAUGAGAACAGAACUGUCAUCAAAGGCGUCCGGACGAACAGACGGUUCGAGUUGCAGAUGAAAUUGAGGAAUGUUUAAUUAUGUUUUUUUUUUUUUAAUUUUUUUUAAAUUUAAUAUUGUUAUUGUAAAUCACGUUUAAAUUUGUCAAUCUUUUCUAGAAAUAGUGUCUCUUUGUAGAUUAAGAUUAUGAAUGGCAGGGAGAAACUUCUUAUAUGGUUAUUCUGGGGUUUUAACAAAAUAAAUUGUAAUAAACAAACUAACAUUUUCUAACUAACUCUUUAUAAUACUAUUAAUUAACUAGCGGACGCCCGCGACUUUGUCUGCGUGGAAUUCAGUUUUUCACAAA